AAUGAGGGUUCUCUGUUCCGUAGCGAUUUUGUUAGCCACUUUUACAUUAGUACGAUGCUCAGGGCCUAUAAACGGAACAUGUAAGGGUACAAAGUUUAGUUUCUGCGACUGGGCCGGAUGGAGCAAAUGGACCAACUGUACAAACCAGUGUGGACAAGGAACCCAAGAAAGAAAACGUUUUAUAUGUUGUCCCCCCGAAUAUAAUGCAUCUACUAUCCUAACCUGUGUCGAAAAACUCUGUUCUCAUAGUUUGUCUGACUAUACAGAAAACAAGACGUGUGUCUCCCGAGCCCACUGCCAAGGAUCAUCGACAAAGAGCAGUGGUGGAGCUAAUACUGUCAGACCAUCCAACAGCAAAACAACUGGUACACCACUUGGUAGAUCAACGACAACGAGUGUUGGGACAGUUGGACCUCCUAGUAGAACAACGAUUGGUGCAAAUGGUCCAUCACAUUUGUCAGGAAACAACACAGCCGACACACAGUCAAAGAGUGGACCGGAUGGUGGAGUAAUAGCUGGUGCACUCGUUGGAGUUCUUGCCCUUGCUGGUCUCUCGUCACUCCUUCUCUUUUUCCUCUAUCGGCGAUGGAAGAAAAAGAAAGAAGAAUCAAAAGUUGAACCCGAAACCAAAGGGGAUCCUAAUUCCACGACAAACCCAACACAACAGAAAAGCGCCCCGGUGCCUGCCUAGACCAGCAACAGUUGUUGCAGAUAAAAAGUAGAAAAAUUGGAACAUUAUGAAGUGUACAAUUCAUGUAUAUUGUUUGAUUUUUAUAAAUGAUUUUUUGAAUUUAUGAACAUUUUCUGUGAUAGUUAUUGUCUUUCAAAUUUUACUAAUUGUAUUUACGAGUUUUCCUUCAUGUAAUGUAUAGUAAGUGAUAUACAUUAAAU